AGCGUCUCAGAGACCUAGGAAAGAACAACAACUUCCGGGGACGGCGACAUACAGCCAUGGAGUGCACACUAACAGCUAUAGCUUGCGUUCUUCUGCUAAUUUUGGUUGUUGCGUUGAUCCUGGUGAUGGUUGUUAUUUAUAAAUCAAGUGAGGCAUAUCCAGACCUUGGCAGAUUUGAGAGUGAAGAAUACUUUCUGGAUCCAAAAAAGAAAGAGAAAAUAAAGUUUCCAAGUAUCCAUGAUCCACCAAGUGUUGACCUAACAGUUGUGGUCCCAGCCUACAAUGAAGAGGAAAGAUUACCUGCCAUGAUGAAUGAAGCAAUAGAUUAUUUAGAAGAAAGACAGAAAAUGACACCAUCCUUCAGCUAUGAAAUUCUGGUAGUGGAUGAUGGCAGUAAAGACAAGACCACGGUGACAGGACAUUUAUACUCCAGUAAAUAUGGCGUAGAUAAGGUUCGAGUGCUGUCUUUGGAGAAGAACCGAGGCAAAGGAGGAGCUGUUCGUCUUGGGAUGUUUGUGGCAAGAGGAAAACUGCUGUUAUUUGCUGAUGCUGAUGGUGCCAGUCAGUUUAAAGAUUACAGAAAACUAGAAACAGAAAUGUUAAAGAUAAAUAAGAACUCUAACAACCUAGCAGUCGUCUGUGGCUCUCGAGCUCACUUGGAAAAGGAUGCCAUUGCAGAGCGGUCAAUGUUCCGGACUUUCCUGAUGAAGGCAUUCCAUUUUCUGGUCUGGUUCCUGUGUGUGCGUGGAAUCCGAGACACACAGUGUGGCUUUAAACUCCUAACCAGGGAUGCAGCUAUUGUCUUGUUUUCUAAUUUACAUGUUGAGAGAUGGGCAUUUGAUGUAGAAAUGCUGUACCUGGCCCAGUGCUUCAACAUGAGAAUAGCCGAGGUAGCUAUUACAUGGCAGGAGAUAGAAGGAUCCAAGAUGGUUCCAUUCUGGAGUUGGCUACAAAUGGGCAAAGAUCUGUUGUUGAUACGUCUACGGUACAUCAUAGGGGCGUGGAAAAUUAAUACCAAAGUGAAAAAAGAAUAGGCUGUGAUAGUGGUGUGCUUGUGUGAGAAAUAAAGAGAGAUGGACAGAAUGAGAGAGUGAUAGACAGAAUGAGAGAGUGAUAGACAGAAUGAGAGAGUGAUAGACAGGCAAAGCAAUAUCUGACAUGAGAGGGAGGUGGGAGAUUGUUAUAUAAUGAAUGUCCUGUAUGCAUAAAGAAAAUUAAAAUCAGAUUCUACAAAUGUAUCAUAUAUACCUACGACUGUUCCUCUGGGAUACUCACACAUAAGAAUCUGAGAUACAACGUACUGUAAGGUUUGUAAUUUUGCAACAUUUUAGUUUUUUGCCAUUUUCAAGGAUAGAAUGAAAUUUUGAAACUAGACUAUACAUUGAAAAUUCAUUUAAUGAUCUAUCGGUAUAAAAACCUACUUUUAAGAUAGAUGUAACAAGAAUUAUAAAAAAAAACAGCAGAAAGUGCCAGAAAUGUGAACGUCUUGGGAUAGCAUUUAUACAGCUAUGCAGGCAACCAUGCCAUAUUGUAUUAGAGUCCUACCAGGUAUUAAAUGUUUGCCUCCAAAGCUGUGUCAUUCAAAUCAACUGUAUUUGCCAUAUCAAGACAGUCCAGUGGUUAUGUAUUCUUUAAAAUAACUUUAUUUUGGGUUUCUAUAUAGAUAGCUACCAUGUUUUAGUCUAUCUAUGGCAGGUAUUAAUGUCUUGAAUCACUUUUCUUUAUUUUCAUGUAUGUCUUUAAUUAUAAAAUGAUCCAAUGUUUGGUUGUGGAAUAGCUACAAUGUUGACAAUCAAAUUGUAUAUGUUUAAUAACAUAACACUUUAACUGGAUAAGCUAUUUGUAUCCCAAUAAAUGGUAAUAUUUAUCAAUUUAAUUAUGAAGAUACAUGUAUGGUAUAUAUAUAGGGGUUUAAUGAUAAUUUGACUAUUUGCUUAAAUCAUUAUUGAUUCUGAUAAAAUUACCAUAUAUUUCCUCACUCUCAACCAUGUUUUAGCUCACUUUGUUAAAACAAUAUUUUUGCAAACCCUGGGACAGAGUUGGUCCAAUGUGACAAUAAAUAUACAUUUAGGAGAUCAAUUUCCCAAUUGAAUUUGCCGUGAAUCUUUUAAUGAACUAGCAAAUCAAAUCUUAUAUUGAUAGCAUUUUGAUAGGUGAGAAUAUUUGCCUUGAUUACUGAAAUAUUUAAAUGAGCAAAUUACAGACUCUAUAAGCCUCUAAUAUAUUUCUUAUUUAUUUGAUAUGGGGCUUAUUGACAAAUACUACAGUUUACAUUUUAUAGGGAUACAUUGUAUUUAUUAUGGGAAAAACAAAUCUUAUACUUUCUUUUGGUGUAUUGGGUACACUGUAAAGGUUGAGGUUUUUUGCAGCUCUGUUAUUCUGGUUUUGAUAAAAAAUAAAAUAGAAGCAAAAUGGUAUAAUAAUAAUAAAAAUAAAAUAAAAAAUUUACAUUUUCUGUAUUUUAUUCUCAAUGAUCUAUUUUUCAAUAUCUUAUUCUAUUCUUGAAGCUAAAAAUGAAACCCAGCAAAAAACAAUCUUUACAGAAAACUAUAAAUAUCUUCAUUGUGUGUUUCACUUCUGACUUUCUCAUUGUGAUGAUUUUUUUAGUGAUCCGCUGACUAAUGACAACAAUAGCCAUUAUAAAAUAUCAGCAUCUUUGUUCUGUUACUAGUAAAUACAUUGUAGAUACAAAUAGUAUUUAUCUUUUCAUAAUAUUUGUUUACUUUGAAAUUUUUAUAUUAAUUUUCUUCUGCACCGCUGAUGUGAAUUAAUUUCAUUGCUGAAAUUUACUAGUUUUGGCAGUGCUGUGUAUUUAAUGCAUUUCUAUGUUUAGUUGUCAUAAAACCAAAUGGCAGUGACUGGAGUAAUGAUUAUUGUACCUUAUUUACAGAUGUGGUCUUUGUUUACUUCAUAUUAAUUUAAAAGACUUUAAAAUCAUACCAAUAAAGUAGUUUUUUAAGAA